GCGAAUAUAGUAUUGUAAAUCACAAAAUCAAGUCGAUCAAUCGUGGGGAGUUCGAGAUACGAUGCCUUGUUCCUACUCCUGCUGGAAUGAGUGAAGAGACGUUCCCCCUGUUAGUCUGGUAUCACGGGGGAGGAUGGGCUGCUGGACACAUGGACCAGGAUGACUACGACCUCCGGAUGCUGUGCGUCAAAGUGGGCAUUUCUAUAGUCAACGUAAACUACAGGAAAGCACCAGAGUGUCCGUUUCCAACCUUCAUGGAAGAUUCGUAUGCGGCGCUCAAAUGGGCACUCACCAACGCGGCCGAGCUCCAUGCGUCCCCCGCUAAAGGAUUCAUCAUUUCCGGGCAGUCGGCAGGUGGAGAGAUUGCCGCUGUGCUCUCACAUUGGGCUAGGGACGACCCGUUCUUUCAGGGAGAGGGCAGAUGCCUGACCGGACAACUUCUGCAAUGUCCUCUGGUCUUGCAUCCACUGGCCUCUGAGAAUACGCACUACAAAGACGAAUUGCGGUCGAUGGAACAGUUCAACGAUCCAAAAUCCCCCAUGGCGAACGCAGACGACAUCCGUUGGUAUUCCGGAUUGACGGGAGCGGGUGCGAGGGACCCCAACUUUAGCCCCAUCUUAUUCACGUCGCACUCCAACCUUCCUCCGAUGGUCAUAAUGAUUUGCGGGCUGGAUGCUCUGAGAGAUGAAGAGUUUCUGUAUGAACGUGUACUGAGAGAAGCAGGCGUUAAAACCAAGACAUACAUGUAUCCAGGCCUUCCCCAUUGCUUCUACAUGUUUAUGAGGCACAUCAGUAUGUCUCAACAGUUCAUGAAUGAAUACGUGGAGGGAGUGAAAUGGUUGCUAGAACAAACAUAAGUUCCGGCUUCAUAUCAGAAUCAUAAGGUCAGGAUGCAGUGGUAACUGCCACUUAUGCAGCAUGCGCGUAAUUCAAACAUGUAUAUACUUACAUCAGUACUGGUAGCGGAGGAAAAUACACUCCGCCGGC